UCGGAGAGCUGCGGAGCCGCCGUGGAGGGGGUGGAGCGGCAUGGAGGAGGAGGACGAGAGUCCUCAGGGGCAGCAGCAGCCCGGGAGGUGAGUGGCGCUCCAGCAGCAAGUAGCGCUCUGGAGGCCAGGGUCAUUGCCCCCGCGCCUUCCUGUGGGCUGGAAGGGACCGAGCCACACCUGAACGGCGGCUCCCGCCCCGUGCUCCUCCGACGGACAGGUACUUGCCCCACCAGCCGUUUUCCAAGCCCGGUUGGCGGCCGAGGAAAGAGGAGCCAGUGCAGCGUAGGCUGCGCACCUGCUCCGAGCGGGGUUGCUCGACGGUGCGGCACCAGGGUCCCGCUGGGGAGAAAAUUUCAGGAAAAUUGGGUGAAAAAUCAGCUCACUUCUGGUUGUGUAUAUUCUAAUAUUUGAAAUAUAGCUGCCGAAUCUCCUUGUCUGUAGGUACUUUUCUUUUGUGAAAGGAAGAGUGGGUGGUUUAUGCUGUCUCUGCUUUGCUAAAUUAAUAAGCCGAGUUGGUAUUGAAGCUGCUCUUUGAGGAAUGCAAAAAUCCCCAACCCUCCUAAGUUCUCCAAAAGCCAUGGAUGAGAAAACAGAGGAGGAGCAGCCUUUGACUGUGUCUAACCAGUACCCUAAAGAAGCGGUGAAGAGGCGUCAGAAUUCGAGCCGAGGCUCCAGGGGCAGCGAUUCUUCCAGGACCUCCAGGAAAAGCUUCAGGCUGGACUACAGAUUAGAAGAGGAUGUAACCAAAUCAAAGAGAGGCAAAGAUGGGAGGUUUGUCAAUCCAUGGCCAACAUGGAAAUCGCCGACCUUUCCGAACUUUUUGAAAUGGUCCCUCAUGGAAAAGAAUAACAGCAAUGUGCCAUGCUCAAAGCAGGAACUCGACAAAGAGCUUCCAGUUCUAAAACCUUACUUUGUUCAAAAUCCUGAACUUGCUGGAAAGACAGGAACUGGUCUACGAGUGACAUGGCUGGGCCAUGCCUCAGUGCUGGUCGAAAUGGAUGAACUGAUUUUUCUUACUGACCCUAUCUUCAGCCAGCGAGCUUCCCCCACACAGCUGCUGGGGCCCAAGCGCUUCCGAGGCCCACCGUGCUCAGUGGAGCAGCUGCCCAGGAUCGAUGCGGUGGUGAUCAGCCACAACCAUUAUGAUCAUCUGGACCACAGCACUGUGACAAGCCUGAACCAGCGCUUCGGCAGCGAGCUGCGCUGGUUCGUGCCCCUGGGGCUCCUAGGCUGGAUGCAGAGGUGUGGCUGUGAGAAUGUGAUUGAGCUGGACUGGUGGGAGGAGAACUGCGUCCCUGGGCACGACGCUGUCACCUUUGUCUUCACCCCUUCUCAGCAUUGGUGUAAAAGGACUGCCACAGAUGACAACAAGGUUCUCUGGGGCAGCUGGUCUGUCCUGGGCCCAUGGAACAGGUUCUUCUUUUCAGGAGAUACUGGAUACUGUGUUGCUUUUGAGCAGAUAGGUAAAAGGUUUGGACCUUUUGAUCUUGCAGCCAUUCCCAUUGGAGCUUAUGAGCCAAGGUGGUUUAUGAAAUAUCAGCAUGUGGAUCCUGAAGAAGCAGUAAGAAUCCAUAUUGAUGUUCAGGCCAAGAAGUCUGUAGCAGUUCACUGGGGGACCUUUGCUUUAGCAAAUGAGUACUACUUGGAUCCUCCAGUUAAACUGAAUGAAGCUCUUGAACGAUACGGCUUGAAAAAGGAAGACUUCUUUGUCUUAAACCAUGGAGAAUCACGAGACUUGAGUACAAAUGAUGGGUUUGAAUAGCAGCAGAGCAGGAGCAAAUCUUCACAAGCCCUGUUUGAUUUAAACUUAGCAACUAAUCCUACAAAUAAUAAUUAUGAUGUACUUAAUGAAGUAGAUUUUUUUCGGUGAAUUGGAUUUUUAGGUGCCAGGCUUGCCAGUUUCAGAACUAAAACUUGUAUACAAGUUUUGUGAUAAAUUUUACUAAUUCUGUUGUUUAGAGGUUUUUGAGAGAUGAUCUAAAACCUGUUUAAUAUCUUAGGUGUUGUUUGGGAAUAACUCUUAAGUACACCACCGGUAACUGCUGGGUCUUUUUGAAACUCUUCAUCAUACCUGCAGCAGCAAUAAUGACCUCGGCACAGGACAAACUCCGACAGCUAAUGGCUGACUUGAAUUGGUUAGAAUGUCACCUCCCACCUGUUAGUCAUUGAUCCUCAGGUUAUGCCUUGUACCUUGAUAGCUUCACAGGAUGAUUUGUGGGGUGGAGUCUUCCAAUACAGUUGUGUUGUUAAAGCACAAGCACAGUAAUGAUUUUUUUCUGAGUGCUUGUACAUUUUCAUAUAUUGAUGAACCACAAAAACUGAACUUUCCAGUGAUCUAAAGAAAUGUGCCUUUUAAAGAGAGACACUGAUGUGUCAAACUUACUGCUGGCCAGAGUCUCUGUGCACUUUCAUUGUUUUGUCUGUAAGUUAGGCCUGAACAUGUCCAAAACAACUUGUCAAAUGCAGUCCCUGAGAUGAAAUAAUCUCUUAAUAGCGCUUGUCUCUGUGUUGACUCAGCCUGUUGGUAACUUGAGUUUGUGUUUGUUUCCUUUAAAUUAAAAGUCUUGAGCAAGGGUAGUGCUAUUUUUCCUUGUAGCUUCCAUAUAAUUUUAAAGCCCAAGGAGAGUUCCCAGAGUUGUUCAGUAUUGUGAAACCUGGCUACAUGUAUCUAUAUCAAAUUGUCAUGCUAAUGGACAGAAUUAAAGCCCAGUGUUGGCAAGAAAAA